AUGCUCGCCGGGUUAAGGUUGGUGCUCGCGGCCUUCGGUUGCUCCCUGCUUCUCGCCGGCGUGGCCCUGAUCGCGGUGGGCAGCUGCGUGCACGUGCAGCUGCUCCCCUACUCGGCCUUCUACGCGGGAAGAGUGGGCACGCCGGUCAUCCUCAUUGUCAUGGGCGUGCUGUCCUUCCCGCUGACCGGACUGCUCGCCGUGGCGCUCCUCCGCGAUGGCCCCCGUCCCCUGGGACUCUUCUGCGUCCUCCUGGGCUCCCUGGUGGCUUGCGAAGUGGGCGCCGCCAUCGCGUCCUUUGAGUACCGCCAUGUGAUCGGCCCGCACCUGAGGGCCGCCGUGCUGCGUGACCUGGACGCCUGCCAGGGCACGGGGCUAGACGGCGUGCAGCGCUCCCUGCAAUGCUGCGGGGGCCCCCACGGCCAGCACGACUAUCGGGCCCGCGGCCUCCCCGUGCCCGAGUCGUGCUGCCCGUCAUACGGGUGCCACGGGCGCGGUGUCCAUAGGGCCUCGUGCGACGGUCGCCUCGAAGUCCACUUCCGAGACAGCAUGGUGACCGUCGGAGCCACGGCCAUUGUGCUACUUUGCCUUCACUUCAUGGGCUUCCUGCUUGCCUGCUGGCACGCGUACAGGCUGUGCACGGACAACGCGCUCAUCUACACCGUCAACCAGUAG